CAUGGACCAGAGCUGCUGUCUUCUUUGCCCAGUAGGUCACAUCCUUAUACGCAAACUCUCGAGGAGGGAUACUGGGAGGCCUGCCAGCCUCUGACACAUUCACAAACUCUCUCACACAUACACAGUCAUAUGGAAACUAGUGUUGUGUGCUGGAGACACAAGGUCAGAAAAUUUAAGAGCCUCCUGCUCGUCAGUGCUCCGAAUGAGCAAGUCCAGCUGGUGGAAGACUGGAAGUCCUCUGUGGAUCUCUUUACAUCAAGGCGAGAUCAGAAUCCCGGCCGACGAGAUCAUCGUCCUCUAACCUUUGAUUAACCAGGAGCUCGCUGAGCGGGACAGGGAUGUUACACACAGUCUGGACAUGAUGUAGCGAUCAUCUUCUUUUUGCCUUACAGUCGAGUGUUACAAGGCACUGCUGGCCUGGAUAUCGGGAAAUCCCCUUAUGGAACACUACAUGUGUGAUCUGCGGCGGAUCAGUUUGCAUUCAGCGGAUCAGGGUUUAGUACUGGUCAGGGGGUAAGCGGGGACAGUAUGUUAGUGAUGUUGGUGAUGGACGCUAUACAGCUCCACAGUCCCUGCCCCCAUCAGGUAUGACCCAAACCCUGAACCCCUCCUGGAGCACACUGGACAGGGGUACGGCUGACUGGUUUGGGGUCAGCAAAGACAGCGACAGCACCCAGCGAUGGAGGAGGAAGAGCCUGCAGCACUGCAGCCAUCUGUACGGGGGUCUCAAGGUGCAGGUGAUGCGGGAGAUGGAGCUACACAGCCAGGACAACCUCUCCCUGGCCAGCACUGAGACCCCUCCUCCCCUCUACCUCCCACCCCACCACCCCAAUCACCACCACUAUGGCAUGCAGAGGAUUGUAGACCCCCUGGCCCGGGGUCGUGCCUUCCGCAUGGUGGAAGAGGUAGACGGCUUCAGUGUCCCGCAAACUCCCAUCACGCCCGGCACAGCCUCCCUCUGCUCCUUUUCCAGCUCCCGCUCCGCCCUCAACCGGUUGCCACGACGACGCAAACGGGAGUCUGUGGCGGUCAUGAGUCUCAAAGCUGCAGCAGCACUAAUGAAGGGACGGUCAUUCGGUGACAGCACUGCCGGGCGAUGUCGGAGGCGGAGUUUCAUGCCUCCUAGUUUCUUUGAAGACGACACUGUGGACUUCCCUGAUGACCUGGACACUUCCUUCUUCACCAGAGACGGCCUGCAGGAUGAGUUGUCCAGCUAUGCUGACGAAGUUUUUGAGACACCAUCGGAGGCUGCCAUCAAACAGCUGGACGAGAGCGAGCUGACAGGAAGUGCGCUGGACAAGAACGAACUGGAGAGGACUCAUCUCAUGCUGCCCUUAGAGCGGGGAUGGCGGAAAGCAAAAGAUGGCUCUCUGGUCCAACCUAAGGUGCGUCUGAAACAGGAAGUGGUGAGUGUCAACAGUCAUCAGCAGCAGCGGGGACAGAGGAUUGUGGUUCCUGUUAAAAAGCUGUUUGCCAGAGAGAAGAGGCCCUAUGGGCUCGGCAUGGUUGGCCGUCUCACAAACCGGACGUACCGCAAGCGUAUUGACAGCUUCGUCAAAAGGCAGAUUGAGGACAUGGAUGAUCACAGGCCUUUUUUUACCUAUUGGAUCACAUUUGUCCAUUUGCUCAUCACCAUUCUGGCUGUCACUAUCUAUGGCAUUGCCCCUGUGGGCUUCUCACAACAUGAAACUGUCGACUCUGUGUUGAGGAACAAGGGAGUUUAUGAAAAUGUUAAAUUUGUGCAACAACAAAACUUCUGGGUGGGUCCAAGCUCAGAGGCGCUAAUACACCUUGGAGCCAAGUUUUCCCCGUGCAUGCGCCAAGACCAAGAGAUCCACAAACUGAUCCAAGAGAAGAGAGCGCGAGAGAGAGAGUCCGGCUGCUGUGUGAGGAACGAUCGCUCCGGCUGCCUGCAGACUGUACAAGAGGAGUGUUCGAGUACCCUGGCAGUGUGGGUGAAGUGGCCUCAGCACCCCAGUGCUCCCUAUCUGAAUGGUACGCUACGCCAACAUGGUUCUGUCUGCCAUCAGGACCCCAGAAUUUGUCUGGAGCCAGCCUCAGUUUCGCCUCAUGAGUGGUCUGACGACAUCACCAAGUGGCCAGUUUGUACAAGGUACAACUCUGGGAAUCACACCAACCUCCCCCACAUAGACUGCACCAUCACAGGCCGGCCCUGCUGCAUCGGAACCAAAGGACGAUGUGAAAUCACGUCAAGGGAGUACUGUGACUUCAUGCACGGCUACUUCCAUGAGGAGGCCACUCUCUGCUCACAGGUGGCCUGCAUGGACGAUGUGUGUGGUUUGCUGCCUUUCCUCAACCAGGAAAUCCCAGACCAGUUCUCCCGACUCUGGCUGUCCCUCUUUCUUCAUGCUGGGAUCCUGCACUGCCUGGUGUCGGUGCUUUUCCAGAUGACAGUCCUGAGGGACAUAGAGAAGUUGGCUGGCUGGCUGAGAAUCUCCAUCAUUUACAUGCUGAGCGGUAUCACAGGCAACCUGGCCUCAGCCAUUUUCCUGCCCUACAGAGCGGAGGUGGGUCCUGCCGGCAGCCAGUUUGGGAUCCUGGCCUGUCUGUUUGUGGAGCUGUUUCAGAGCUGGCAGAUCCUCGAGCGACCGUGGCGGGCUUUUGCUAAGCUGCUGGCCAUCUCAGUCUUCUUCUUCUCUUUCGGUUUGCUUCCUUGGAUCGACAACUUUGCCCACAUCUGCGGUUUCGUGUCGGGAUUCUUUCUGUCCUUCGCUUUCCUGCCGUACAUCAG